CGAACCCCAGAAUAUUAUUUCCAUGUUCCACCUCACCUGAGCUGACGGACUGACUGACUGUUUUCCAGCGCGGGGGGAAACUAGACCAAGCAACAAGCUGCCAGCGGGAGCUAAGAGGGCCGGAUCCAGGGGACGGAAACAUCCACCCACCACCUCACACAAACACAGCCACUCCUGCGCCGAGACGUUUACGAAGCUUGGAAGCCAGCCUCGGCGCGCGGGCAGCUCGACGCACUUGACUUGACUGCCGGCUGCCCGACUUAUUUUACUGCCCGUCGGCCACCAAGGAGCGGCAUCGUCUUCCUCGUCCACUUUCACUUUCGAACCGUCGUCGCAGACCACUCGAUAACCACAACCACAACCACCACCAUGAACAAUCACGACAUCCUCGACGAGGAGCCACCCCCUUCUUACGAGGAGGCCACCGGCCGCCCGUCCAUCACCCACCGCCCCGGACAGAACGGAGCCCAGCCGCCGACAUUACCACCAAGGCCCUCAAACAACAAGAUCAACACCAACGGGCCCGUCACGCCGGGCGGCCCGGCAUCACCAACCGUCACCCCACACACGCCGGCCCAGACCUUCCAGCAGAUCCUCCCCGUCUCCCAGCAGGCCACCGCCAGGCAGUUCCCGCCCGCCUUCAACCUCUACCGCGACGCCUUCCCGGGCGGGCCGCGCUCCUACUUCCUCGCCGAGCACCAGGUCUCCCCGCUCUACUCCGUCACCGCCGGCUGGACCGCCGCCGCCUCCGGCUCCAGCCUGGUCCUGCACAACGGCCCCAGCGACGACCACGCGCCCCUCGCCACCGUCGCCUACGACAUGACCGGCCGCCACAUGCGCGUCAGCCUGCCGCCCCUGCCCGGCCGCCCCGCCUCCGGCCCCGUCCACGUCCAGACCCCGACCUUCAUGAGCGCCAAGUUCGCCUUCACCGUCGAGGUCCCCUGGCCCGGCCCCGCCGCCGGCCCCGCGACCACCUACCGCAUGGAGUCCUUCGAGUGGCGCAGGAGCAACAGCCUCGCCAUCGGCGGGCUGGGCGGCCGCUCCCAGGGCUGGAAGCUCGUGCGCAUCAGCAACGAGCUGCCCCCGGGCGGCCUGGCCGUCUCGGGGAGCGGGCCCCCCGCCGGCGACGGGCACGAGGUCGUGGCCGUGUGCACAGACGCCGUCAUGAGCAUGACUAAGCUGUUUAAGUUCUCGUUCCUGGGGACGGGGCUGUCGGGGGCUCUCGGGGAGCGCUGGGCGGUCAUGGCCGUCACUACGGGGCUCGUCAUUUGGGAUCAGGAGCGCAGGAGGGACUAGGACUCUUUCUGGUGAAGCCGGACUGGGUAGUUCUGGCUGUGUGGACCUUGUGGGCGGCUCCGUCCAGGAGGGUAGGGUGUGACUGCAUGGGAUGGAAUCUAGCAUUGGACUUUUCGGCAUGGAGCUGAUGGGACGAGGGAGUUCAGGCGCAACGUGACAAGUGCUUUUGCAGCUUUGUCGCCCGUGGAGUGAGGGCGGUGUUCUUUGGAUGUUUGAUGGGGUUUUUUCGAGGGAGCGAUGGGGCUUAUUAGAAUUUCAGUCUGGCCAGAAUGAUACCACUUUUUACUUCACCCUGGGUCACAUUUGAAAUCGAGUAUAUGGGCAGACUUUGCUUGAGUGACACAAAGUGACCUCGACGGAACCAGGGCUUCUUCACACGCUUCAAAGUAUUAUUUUCAUCCCCACUUUAAGAAGGACUAUCGUAGCCAUCCUCAGAAAUACCUUUUCUCCAUCAUCAUUCUCCAAUACAUCAUGUUCCACACUCUCUAAGAUACUAGCUCCUGGGAGGCCGUAUGUAAUCUGCAAUGAGCUGCUUGAUGCUCUUUUGCUUGCGCACUGGCCUGGACGGCGACCUGACCCGGGUCGCACAGCUCGGUGCUGAGGCUCUCCUCUCCACGCGUUCCCGGGGCACAGAUGUGUUGCUGAACGUGACACGUCUCCCCAUGCCGGGCAGGUCAGUGUUGGCCCGCGAGAGGGUGCCCUUUGGUGGUGCAAGGUUCGCGUCUCCCCCUUCGCUCGAUGUUUCCGAGGACAGCGCCCGCCGCUCCGAAUCAACGUGCCCUGGUACUGCGUGGGCAUCCCCACCCUCCCUCGCAUUAUCGUCGCCUGCCUCCUGG